UGCCUCUGUCCCCCCUCCUGCUGCUCCCAACAGCGGUGGUUGCUGUGGUACCGGGCGGAGGGAAGUAGGCGGUAACCCUCCGGACAGACACCGGUAAACAAGCCUCCUGGCUGAGCGGAACGUUCGGGCAUGAGGGACCGGCUGACUGAGCUGUCAGCGGCUAAAGCAUCUGAGGAAGAUGGGGAUUCAGUUGUCAUUAUUGAGAAGGAGCAGUUUAUGGAUGACUUUUACCAUCAGGUAGAAGAAAUAAGGAAUCACAUUGCUAAAAUAUCAGAAAAUGUCGAUGAGGUGAAAAAGAAGCACAGCACUAUUUUAUCGGCACCAAACCCAGAAGAAAAAACAAAAGAUGAACUUGAAAGUCUUAAUAAAGAAAUAAAGAGUAUUUCCAAUAAAGUCCGAACAAAGUUAAAGGCUAUUGAGCAAACAAUUGAUCAAGAUGAGAAUGCCAACAGGUCUUCUGUGAAUUUAAGAAUAAGAAAAUCUCAGCAUACAGUAUUGUCCAGAAAGUUUGGGGAAGUUAUGAUUGCAUAUAAUGAAACCCAGAUUCAGUUUCGAGAGCGAAGCAAAGGACGAAUACAGCGUCAGCUGGAAAUAACUGGAAAAACAACCACAGAUGAUGAACUGGAGGAGAUGCUGGAGAGUGGGAACCCGUCAAUAUUCACAUCAGAUAUUAUUUUAGAUUCUCAGAUCACGCGGCAGGCGUUAAAUGAGAUUGAAUCAAGACACAAGGACAUCAUGAAGUUGGAAUCAAGCAUACGGGAGUUACAUGACAUGUUCAUGGACAUUGCAAUGUUGGUGGAGACUCAGGGCGAAAUGAUAAACAAUAUUGAAAAGAAUGUGGAAAAUUCUGUUGAUUACAUUGAACAUGCCAAAGAAGAAACCAAGAAGGCUGUGAAAUUUCAGAGCAAAUCGCGCAGGAAAAUGAUCUUCAUUAUCAUCUGUGUAGUCAUCUUGCUGCUAAUUCUUGCAAUCAUCCUGGGUACAACUUUGUCAUAAUGAUUCCACCAAGAGAAACAUCUGCCAGACCAUCUCGGCGUGCCAGCCUUGCGCCCUUUAUUUAGGUUCUUGGUGGCCGCAGUGACAAACAAAACACCUGGUAGUUUUCUUUGUAUAGGUCCUUCUCUACAAAGCAGGAGUGGGGUAAACGGCCGAAGACUAAAACGCUAGCUUUUUAUCAUGAGAGAAGUGAAGUACAGGGUCAUCUGUAUAAAAUCUUAGCAGGAUAUACUCACCAGUUCACAUAACAAAGAAAUUUUUAGGUUAAUAUAUUUUUGUCAUUCUAUGUAUAUUUAUUUAGAUCUAAGGCUGUGUUCACAUCUGAAUUAGGUCUUCCACUUUCCUGUUCCUUUAUACAAACAGAAAAAUGGAAUUCAAGCCGUGAUAGAUCCGUGGCCCAGCGGAUUCCAUUGACUUAGAAUGAGGUCUAUCGGGUUCCGUCACUGAGUCCGUUGCCGUGCCAGAAAUAAACAGCACUGUCAGAUGUAACAGAAUCGGCAUCAUAGCGGUUGUGAACACAGCCUAGCGGCAUUAUUGUAAUCAUGUUAUGGUUUGUUCUUUACAGUCCAUUGCAACUGCAAACCUCAAAUGCUGCUGCACCCAGUGUUAAUUUUGUAUAUUGCACAUUACUGUAUUUUAGGGAAUAAUUAUGGGGUUAUUUGUCCUCCCAAACAGAUUAUUUUUUUUUUUUUGUGGACUUAUUACAUUUUCAUAGAAUUCAAAUUUUAGCAUGACAUUGUAUACAGAAGUAAUUUUAGUUUUUUGCCCCCUCUGGAACACAUUUCAGUCCAUUAAUACUACGUCUGCACUUCUCAGUGCUGUCUGUUCCUAUUGUUUGCCUGUGAUAUGAUUCACUUAAAGUGAUUGUGACGAGUUUUAGCGCUUUGGGAUAACUAUAUGGUAACAGGUCCUGUUCCCGUCUACAUGGAAAGGCAGGUCACAGAUUCCCGCCGCCUCUUCUUUCAUCUGUAUGGUGCUGACAGAGACUGAAGUGCCGUACUCGACGUCUCUUCGAUGGUCCUAUACAGAAUGAAUGGAGCAGCAGCACUGUUGGGCAACCUUUUAUUCCAUUUGUGAUUUGGUGGGGGUCUCGGGUCAGAUAGUUAUCCCCUAUCUUGUGGAUAGCUUUAAAACUUGGCACAAUCUCUUUAAAGUUGUUCUGCACAUUAGAUAGAUGUUGGCAGGAUCAAUCGACUAACUCAUGCUUAUGGAGUCUCUCGACUAUCCUCUUCUGUCUCAUGUCAGGGGGGAAGGUGGAAUUGGACAUGUUCAAUUAAACCACAGCCUGGUAGAUCUAGCAACUGCUUUUUCCCCUCUCCCCAGUGAAAGAAAACAGUUUAUAGUGGAGUUGGGAAGAAUAGGCAUUCGGCUAACCUAUGGCCGGCUUUAGAGCUUUAUCAUUUUCUAUUUUAACAUAUAGUGUUAACGUAUUUUGCGUACUUUUCUUUUUCCUGCUGUGAGCACAUUGUGCCUGCUUUGUUUUCAUAUAUUAUUUUGCAGCCAAAAGGCUUCCAUGAGAAGAAAAAUAGCUGUAAAAGGAAAUUAGUUGUUCCACCAACCACUACAGUGCCUUGCGUUGGCUCAUGGGCCUGUCACUGGUUUGUCACCUUCAAUUAUUGUUAAAAUAGACAUCUUUUAGGAUAACACUACUGUCUUCUAGUGCAAGCUAUCAAGUACAUUCAGUUAUAUGUUGGGGGGGACAGUCUCCCAGUAUCUGCUGAGACAUGGACAAGGCAGGUUGGAUUUUUUAGUGUGAUCUUAUUGUAUCGGAUCCAGCUACUAAUGAAAUGGCAUGAACGCCUAGCCAGAGCGCACAGUGUCCGUCCCGUGCUGUACUGACCGUGUGGCAUCAGAGACUAUCCCGUAGUUUAUCUACUAUUUUGUGUUCCGGCAAUGUAAACUCUACUGCAUCAUGCAACGACUCUUGUCCGUGUAUAUUACGUAACUUUCCAUGGACAUUACGUAGAAGUUUGGGUCUGUGACAUAACAGGGGAAAAUUAGCAUCUACAUUAUCAAAGUUAAAGGGGUUGUCUCAUCUCUCCGUUACUAAGGCUGGAUGCGACACAGUUCUGACCACCUCCAGGCCGGGAAACGGCACUGAAACGCCAUAGCUUGUUGUGCUAUGCUGUUUCAGUACCUCUCAUGCACGCUAAUGAGAUCUGCUGUUUCCCAGACAGGAGGUGGUUGGAACGGUGUCUCAUCUUGCCUUAGUAAUGGCGAGAUAAGACAACCCCCUUUAAAAUAUUGUAAAACAAGCUGUCACUUUUCCUCAGUAUGGCAGCAAGCAGUUCAACUAGCGGUGUAUAUUCACCUCCUCACCUUCCUUAUUGUAUUGUGCAAUACAGACAGAACAUGGAUCUGUAGAUGUUGAAGAUGAGCCAUAAUGGCAGACGUGCAAAUGGGCCUAACAUUAAUGCCCUUUACGCUUGAUAGUAUACAUGAAAGGGCAGAUUUAUCAGUACUGUGUCUGGGACCAGUUUUCAUUAAAGAAGUUUUCCAGUGUCUAGAUAUUGGUGACCUGUCGUCCGAAUCAGUCAUCAAUUUCAGUUUGGUAGGGUUCGAACACCAGACACCCCCACGAUCAGCAGUUUUCUGGCUGCUGGCGCCACUGGACACAACACAUUGUAUGCAGCUGGAAGUAGGAAGCUCUGUCCAUUGUGUUGUCUCCAAAUUUUGAGUUGGGGUAUUU